CACACAGUGGGGCGUUGGCGAGGUUGUUUCGUACCAGCGAGCGACUCGGAGAGAGAGGCAGUGAGAAGAUGAGCUGUGGCAACAGCGGCAGAAGCGACGAUGAGGAUCAAAGACAGACGUACUACGCCAUUAGCAACUACACCGCCGUCGAAGACUCCCAGCUCUCCCUGUCUGAAGGAGACGUGGUUGAUGUGCUGGAGAAGGUGAACGAGACGUGGUGGUGGGCUGAGGUGGAGGGGGAAACGGGCUACGUCCCUACCAAUCACCUCUCGGAGACCUGUCCCAGCGAAGGCGUGGACAGAUGGCAGGACGUGGAAUACUUUUCCAGCUACAACACUCUGAAACUACAUCUUGAGAUGCUGAGUGACAAGCCUCGAACACUGGCCUACAGGACGGCAUUCGAGACUGCGAGAGCCUUCAUCCAGGGAAAGGUGGUACUGGAUCUGGGGUGUGGGACUGGGAUCCUCUCUGUGUUUUCUGCAUGUCUUGGAGAUUCCAGAAAGGUGUAUGCAGUUGAAGCCAGCGACAUCUGCGAGCAAGCAGAGAGGGUCAUAUCCCACAACAGUCUGUCUGAGAAGGUCAGUGUCAUCCAGACAAAGGCCGAGGACCUGGAGCUGCCAGAGAAAGUGGACCUCAUUGUGUCCGAAUGGAUGGGCACCAUGUUACUGUUUGAACUGAUGAUAGAGUCAGUGCUGGUUGCCAGGGACAAGUGGCUAAAGCCUGAUGGGGUGAUGUGGCCGUCAGAAGCUUGUCUCUACCUCGCCCCAUGCUCCGCCCACUCCGUCUACAACGAGAAGGUCAUGUUUUGGAACGACGUCUACGGAUUUGACUUCUCACCACUGAUUCCAGUGACCCAGGCCGAAAUUCUGGGUCAUCCUCUGCACAACCACGUCCUACCUGAAGACGACUGUCUGUCGCCCCCGGCAACUGUCGCCAGACUACUUCUGAAAACCGCCACCCUAGAGGACAUUGAGAAAAUCACGUCAAGUUUCAAGUUCAAGAUAACAAAAGAUGGAGAGUUCCAUGGGUUUCGGGUCAUGGUUUGAAGUAGAGUUUGGAGACGUCCCUGCAGAGUAUGACUACAAGCCUGUCACUCUCUCCACUGCGCCUCGGGCACCCCUCACUCACUGGAAGCAAGACCUGUUCAUGAUUGACACACCAAUCUCGGUCAAGAAAGGCGACAUGUUGGAUGGAGUAAUAUGCAUUCAGAGGAACAAGUUAUGGCGACGUCACCUGAAGGUCCAUAUCUCAUACACCCAUUCCCCCAUUUCUUCAGAUUCAGUACCACAGGAUUUCAAGAAGGAUUUUGCUCUCUGGAAAUAGUCAUUUUUCACCGUCACCAUAGCUAUUAUCUAUAUCAGUGCCAUUUUUACUACUGCGCGCUAUUGUCGCAAUCUCAUUUCAAUCUUCCACUGUAUGUACCACUCACAGCCUAUCAUUUUUGUUAACAACAGCAUAGACUUUUAUAACAAACUCAAGAGAGUUUAAACAUAUUUUAUUUAUUUGUACAUAAUGCUAGUGAUAGUAUACACUUCAUUAUAGAAGAGUGUGAUGUAUAUACAACAUACCAUACUCGAAAGAGUUAUUCAACAAUAAUUAUUUGUGUGUAUACUAAUGUGUAGCUAUUCAUCCCCAAGAGAAGUGUGUAAUGUGCCCCUACAAUAGCUAUAACAUCAACUGCAGCACCAUGAUCAUCGAUCGGGUUAGUUAUCCAGUAUAUGGCCCGGCCACCAGCAGAAGGUUCUUGCGAGUGAAGUGCAGGGAGUGUACUGGAGUUGACUUGGUUGGCAGACUCACCAGCAAACUUCCUUGAGGUUCGUUUCGAUUGCCUGUCUCUUCAAAUGAGGACACGUCCCACAACCUGACACAGUUGUCCAGCCCUCCUGAGGCAAGGAUGGUGCCGUCUCUGGAGAACACAAGCUGAUAGACGGUGUCUGUGUGUCCCUUCAGCUCACAGACUUUGCUGGCUUUGCCAAUGUCCCACACCAGAAUGCGCUUGUCAGCUCCUGUACAGCCAUAGUAGUAUACACUCAGAUACAUAAUAUUUUUUGUCUGGAGCAAACUCAUUCCAAAUGUGGCAG